GUCGAGCUGCUCAGGCUUUUACUACGAGCUGCUCAGGCUUUUACUUAAGUCAAGUAUUUUUACGCGCUGCUGGCAGCGCCAAGUUGCCACACACUCGUCAGGACACUCCUUGGACGCCACCCUCAAGCCGUUCGCAGCCAUGCGUACGCGCAGCGGCCGGCAGGCCAGCAAUGACGCCGUGGCGCGCGCCCUCGGCGGCGCGCGCUGGGUGGCCCUGGGCGCGCUAUUAUCCAAAAUCGCGUCCGUGGCCUGCACGCAAAUAGUACUAAGAUUGGCGCCCGUCGAGGUCCUCGGCGUCGCGGCGGCGCGGCUCGAGCUCGUCAUGAACGGGCUCCUCUGCGUCACGCGCGACGGCGCGCGCCUCGCGCUGACGCGGUGCACGACGUGCGCCGAAAAGACCGCGCGGACCCUCGCCUGGGCCUCUGCAUUAAUGGGCUGCGCCGUCGCGCUCGCGUGUGCGGCCGUCGCCCACUUUGGUGUGGAUGCCACGGCCCCCUACCGCGCGCGCGACGCCCUGACCCUCUACUGCCUCGCGGCGGCGGUCGACGCGGGCUCGGAGCCGCUCGAAGCGUUGGCGCGGCACCACGUCCUCACCGCGCCAAGAGCUGUGGCGGAGCCCGCGGCGGCGCUGGCGCGGGGCGCCGUCGCCGCGUUGCUCCUCUGGGCCCGGCCGGACCUCGAGGCGGCAGCUUUAGGCUGGGCCCAGGUCGCCGCGGCCGCCGCCGCCGGCCUCGCGCGCGUCGUCAGCUGGCCCCGCGACCUGCCGGCGCGGCCGGCCCUGCACUUGUAUGAUCUCGACGCGGCGCUGGUCAAGGAUACAUGGCGCUUCGCGGGCCAGGCGGCCGUCAAGCACGUCGCGACGGAGGCGGACCGAUUGGCCAUCGCGCUCCUCGCGACGCCCUACGAGGCCGGCUUGUACGCCUUCGCGACGCACUACGGGUCCAUCAUCGCGCGCCUCGUGCUGGCGCCCGGCGAGGACGCGUGUCGCUUGGCGCUGGCCAAGUGCGCGUCGCACGACCGCGCGGCACGGAUCGGCGGCCUCUUCGCGAAGGGGUCGCUCUACGUCGGCCUCGUCUGCGCCGCGGUCGGCGCGCCCUUCGGCGCCGCGGCCGCCCGGAUCCUCAAAGGGAACGCACCGGACGCCGACGUCGCGGCGUGCGGCGCGGCCCUCGCCUACUUCUGCCUCCAGGUGCCCUUCCUCAGCCUCAAUGGCGUCUGCGAGGCCUGCGCCCACGCGCGCGCCGACGCCCGGGCGCUCUCGUUGUUGUCCGGAGUUCACGUUGGCUGCGCUUUAUUGUUCGCGUUGUGCGCCAGGCCGGCUUUGGCGACGACGGGCCCGCCGGGCCUCGUCGCGGCGGGCGGCGCGGUCAUGGCGCUCCGAGCGCUCGUCGCAUUGUAUUUGGCGCGGGCGCGCGCGUUUCCCAAGCACGGCGGCGCGUUCGUGAAGGCGGCCGCGCCCGACGCCGUGGCUGUAUUCGUCUUCUUGGGUGCGGGCGCCGCCGCGCGGCGGUCGGCGUCAGUCGCGUCCCUGGCGACGCACGUCGCGGCGACGGCUGUGCUCGGGGUGCUGUGCCUCGCGGCGAUUUUUGUUCGGGACCGCGCGUUCGUGACUUCGCUGCUGGGGUCGCGUCGCGCGAAGGAGGAGUGA